GCAAAUCAAUAUUUUUGGGGUUUAAGGGAAUGCAACUGGUGCAUAACAAGUCUGAGACAAAAUCAUAAUAUAAACUGGAAAUAAAUACUGGAAACAGCUAUUGUUUAGAAGCUCUGAGCAAUAAAAUACACACGUUUUCUUUGUAGCGUCAGUUUAGAAGUUAAGCACAAUUAAGUCGAAGGAACGACUUUCUAACUCAGGAAAUAGGACCUUCCCAGGAGCACAUGAAUGCAGCACUACUUAACAAACCUGUGCCGUAAACCAGACCCUUGUCUGUCGUAAACCAGGAAACCGAUAUGUAAACGUCAACUAACCUAACUAAUAGUUAGUUGCUAGAAAAAAGGGGUUAAAAAGCGACAUAAACUAAUUCACAAAUGUUUUUUUCCUGUAGCUAACUUGCUAGCGAGCAAUUAAAAUAUUUAAAAUAUUUAUUUUUGUUGUUAGGUUUGCUAGUUUAGCUACAUUAUGGACGUUUUACGUCCAGCUCUUAUCAAUAUAAAUGGAAGAAUAUACCGAAGGAAUAUCAUUAAGGAAGAACAUUAUGAGGAAGAAGAAGAAGAAGAUGUAUCUUACAUUGGACCACCAGAGAGUGAAGACUUUGCAGAUGAUGAAACCUGUGAUAUCAACUACAUUGAACAGACUGAUAAGGGAUACCGCUGUGCUAUUGAUGUCCCAAGUGUUCUUUACAAAUACAUCAUUGGGAAAAAAGGAGAGACACGCAGACGUCUGGAGUUUGACACAAAGACAUCUAUCAACAUCCCAAAACAAGGAGUGGAAGGACAGAUUGUUAUCACAGGUUCCCAUAAAGCUGCAGUCUCCUCUGCAGUCACACGGGUUGAGGUCCUUGUUGAGAGUUUCCGGAAGAAGCAGCCUUUCACGCAUUUCCUGUCAUUCCCUUUGAAUGAUCCCAAAAUUCAAGAAGGAUUCCUGAGCUUUAAAGACAAGGUCUUGCAGCAGUGCUCACAGGAUCAUGGAGUAGAGGGAAGCAUCUUUCAGAACCCUGCAAAGCUUCACCUGACAAUCGGCACCCUGGCUCUGUUAAAUGACACGGAAGUGAGAAAAGCAUGUGAACACCUCCAAGAGUGUCAAAAUUUCAUUAGGGACAUCACAGAAGGAAACCCUCUGUCGUUGGAGGUGACAGGCAUAGAGUACAUGAAUGAUGACCCAGCCAUGGUGGACGUCUUGUACGCCAAAGUCAAUGUGAAAGACAGAUCUGACAAGUUGCAGAUAAUUGCAGAUCGGCUGGUAGAGCACUUUGUCUCAGCAGGGCUGAUGGUCAGAGAAUGGGACAGAGUGAAGCUGCACGGCACUGUGAUGAACACUGUGUUCAGAAAGAACUCCACAGUUGAAGACAUGGGUGGCCCAGGAAGACAAACCAUGAAUGAACGAGAGGCUUUUGAUGCCAGAAACAUAUUAAAGAAAUUUGGUGCUUAUUGUUUUGGAGAGUUCGAGCUGAAUGCUGUCCUGCUGUCCCAGAGAUAUUCGACAGAUUGUACGGGCUACUACACCUCUGCAGGGAGCAUCAACUUCUCAUGAGCUUCAACAGGGCUGAGCAUAUUCUGAGUGGCCUCCCCACACGAAGCCUCAACCUUGUUCCCACUCCCGUCUGUCGAGUGUGUCAGUGAAUACAGACAUCGGACACAGAGCCUGGCCACUUGCUCUCGCUGUCAGAUCUUUUUCAGCCCUCCCCUCAGCUGGCGAUGCGCUCUGCUUGGCAUGCAGGAGGGCAAUCGCAGAGCAGCCAAAAGUUACACUGAUGGAAACUGAAGGCGCUUUUUGUUUGUCCGCUCUGCCAUCCUGUGCUGUCCACCCUCCCAUUUCAGCAGUGGCGUGACUCC